AUGUCGCCUGACACUCCGCUUUUUGUGCAGGUGCUUUUUGGGAUCCUUUCUUUUGCUGCGGCCUGUAGGAGCAACGCUUAUCAUCGUCGCGGGCCUGCGUACAAUGUGCCUACGGUGGUAGUUUCUGCAGACGUUUGCGAUCAUACAGCAUGGAUCAAGACUGCGUAUCCACCGCACGUGGAUACAUCGUACGGCGCAGCUAGUUCGAGCACAUUGACGUCAACUGGAGAUCACUUGACAGUCUGGCUGGCAGCUAUAAAGGAUGGUUCUGGCUCGUCACUCUUCAGUGGACACGGCAACACCGCCGUGGCUAUGUCGCCUGACACUCCUCUUUUUGUGCAGGUUGGUGACCGAAAAUACGGCUUUCGUAGUAAUUAUCCUUGCAUAGUGGUGUUGCCGUGUCCACACACGCUUGUAAAUUGUGCGAGUGAAUGUUUCUCAGUAGCAUACCUACUUCUAAAACUAUCAGGUGAUGUUGAAGAGAAUCCUGGGCCUCUUGAGGAUAUGGUGAAAGAAAUGCUGAACACGCAGAAAGAAAUCCUUGCUAAAAUUUCUGAAAUUCAGGUGAAGCAGUCAACCUCAGAGACAGCCAUUUCGGUUGUCCAGAAACGACUGGAAACAAUCGAAUCUAAACUACAGUGCGUCGAAGACGCCAACACCCGACUUGUUACUGUUGAAGGUUGUGUGAGAAAUCUUGAUGAUCAAUUCCUUCAAAUGUCAGAACGAAUCGACGAUCUCGAAAAUCGUUCAAAGCGCAAUAACAUUAUUGUUGGAGGAAUAGAAGAGGCCAGACUUGAAACUGAGGAAAUACUGCUGCGAAAGGUUAACGACGAUGUGUUUGGAAACAUUUUAAAACAAAAACUUAACUCUAUCGAAAGAAUUCAUCGGAUAGGCAAGAAGGUCCCAGGAACAUGUCGACCAGUGAUACUCCGAGUAGGGGACUUCAGGGAAAAAUCUAAAAUAUUUAAAAACUGCUCGAAAUUAAAGGGAACCCCGUUCAGCGUGCAAGAAGAUUUUUCUAAAAGAGUUGCUACUGCUCGGAAAAACUUGUGGAAGUCGACAACUAAGGAGAGGAAAACCGGAGCCAAGGUAACAUGGGCUUUUGACAAGAUAAAGGUUAACAAUGUGCUCUACGCCUGGGAUGAGGUUAACAGCCGCCGGUACGCGCACCAGGCUCCUGCGGCCGCACUUCGUUUGGCUUCGGGUGCCGACUGACUCGACCAAAAUCAAUCUGCAUGCUUUA